UUUUGAUUUCCUUUUAUUCAGUAACCGACAUGGUGCGACUACACCUUCUAGACGAGAACGCCCCCUCCUUUGCUGGGAAGGUCGUUGAUAUUUUGAAUUCAACCCUCCCACUGGACAGUGCAUUCUCACCUGCUGAUGCAGCCAAGGCCCUGAAUGGAUUGUAUCCCCACUCUCUGGACACAAGUGGUGAUGCAGAAAGCAAAGACAAAGCCGGUGGAUUCCUCUGGUGGUUUUGGGACCUGAUCCAUGACCUUGCUCGUCAGGUUCCCCAUGACAGUCUUGAGCAGGAUCGCCUGGUAGCCAUCAUAAAGGAGCUCCGAGAUCUUCCAUCCAAGACUAUUUCCCUGGGCGAAUGGGGAACAGUGCGAGUAUGGGGAGGUCUACCACUAUUAGGACCUACACUGAGGGAGAAGUGGGACAAUGAUGACACAGCCCCUACGAAUUCAGAUCUGAAGCAACGAUUCCUGAACCUACAAUCAUAUGCAGCACGGAUUACCGGUCUCCGUCUCGCCCCGUGCGAGUCAUAUGCUAUCUGGGCUUUGACAGACGCUCUGGAAGGUGUGAUGACGCCCAUCCGGGGUGCUCCAGAUGAAGUAAACCCCGACCCUGCAGCCGUUGAAGAUCUGCCAUUCAAAGUGGCUGUUGCAGCAGAGUGGAUCGUCCAUGCGGGCCAUGUCCUUUAUGGACGUGAUGAGGAGAUUUAUGCAACUCAAGGCGGACCGUUGUGGAGACUGGACAAGACGGAGGCGAGGAGGCUGAGACGCAAGUACAAAAGUACUCAAGGCUUAUGUCCGGCGCGAUGGGAGUUGUGGAAAGAGCGGUUUGGUGUUAUCCGGGAUAGCAAUAAGGUGGACGACUCGACUCAAACAGUGGCAGGGGGGGCAGUAGAUGCUAUGGAAAGGGUUGAGAGGGAGGAGGGUUCGUAGUCUAAUUACGAUGUGCUCAGAGAAGUAGCAAUCUACACCAGAACAUUGCAAAAAUG